CCGUCGGACGGGCCGCCGGCCGGUUGGCAGCAGGCCGAGAUGCGCGGCUGCGACCAGCCGGUGAUGGUGCAGUGCCCGCCGCCGGUCGCCGAGCGCUGCCCCACGCCGCCGCAGCAGCCGCCGCCGUUCGUGCGCGCCGCCAACGAGGAUCUGUGCAUCCAGUGCAGCGCGGCGCCCGAGGUGUACGCCGACCCGAGCAACCCGCGAGCAGACUGUACGCCGCGGCGUCCGGCGCCGGCGCCCUCCAGGCCGCCGCACCAGGCGCGGCCGCACCCCGUGCCGCACAGCACCGACAAAAACUUCGUGCCAUCGUACCUGCAUGAGCCAGAAAACAUGGCCAAGAUCAUCGCGCACGACUACCAGCGUCAGUGGAUCGACGAGCGCGACACGUGGGAAGACUCGCACGCCACCUCUAACGACCACCAGCGCAUGCGCAUGCUGAACCGAUGCAGCGAAACGGAGAACAAGUUCGUCGAGCACCAGAAAUGCGCGCGCGCAGCUAAGGCAGAAAUGGCAGAGGGACGGAUACCCGACUGCAAGAAACGAUCGACCACGCAGCGGCCCUGGUACCCGCCCGGCAAGGUUUGUGUGGUUCGAAGACGCUGCGGCUGCUGAACGAUCGCCCCGCCCGCCCACAGGAAAAUUCCAGCCGUAGUUUGUGGUGACAUGCGUGAGUGUAAAUUAACUUUGUCUGAGUUCGUGACAGGAGCAACAAAUCAGCAGGUUAACAUCACUUCCGGUCCAAGUUGUUUGUAAUGAAAUCCGCUUGUGUUGUUCAACGUAGUGUGUAUUUCUUCUUCAAUACAUAAGACACUUUCCCCGACAGCUUCCGGGUAAACAUCCUCCCGAUCUCA